AUGAAGCAGAGGCUAAAAAUAAGACAUAAGCUAAAGAAGUGGGGCUGCAUUGAUUUUGAUACUUGUGUUUUCUGCAAUAGCAAUGUUGAAGACAUUGAGCAUUUGUUUUUCAACUGCUCCUUUUCUCGAGUUGUGUUUCAAAAGGUGAUGAAGAAUUGCUUGAUUAAUAGAGAGAUGGAAUCAUGGAGGAGGGAAGUCUCUUGGUUCAGCAAGAAAGCCAUAGGGAAGAAUAUCUUGGCUAGACUGAGGAGAAUUGCUUUGGCCUGCACUGUUUAUAACAUCUGGAAAGCCAGAAACUGGAUGAUUUUCUGCAAUGAAGUUUUGACUGUGGAGGAUGUGUAUAGAUGGAUUAGACAGGAAGUACUCAUGAAGAUGUAUAUGAGAAGAUGCAAUUCUAGUUUAUUUUUGAGGCUUUAUCAGAAUUGGCAAUCUUGUAGCCUAUCUGAUUGA